ACUUCCUGUUUCGCGAUUUUCUCUCCAGGAAAAAUGGUGCAGGGGGGGCAGUUCAGAAUUAUUCCUGGAGUUAAUAAAUAACACUUUCGCUUCAUUUUGAUGGAUGCCAGAGACAAGCAGGUUCUGCGCUUCUUGCGCCUGGAGCUGUGUGCAGACCUGCUGGUUGAGGGUCUUAUUAUUCAAUAUCUUUAUCAAGAAGAAAUUCUAACAGACAAUCAUGUGCAAGAAAUAAGGGCCCAAGUUACUAAUCAACGGAAAACUUUGGUACUUCUUGACAUCCUUCCAACAAGAGGGCCUAAGGCAUUUGAAGCAUUUCUAGAAUCCUUACAAGAAUUUCCAUGGGUGAGAGAAAAACUUGAAUCAAAGCGCAAUGAAGUUAUGCUAAUGACUUCUGUAGAUGAUCAGCUACUCAGAUUUCCACAAAAGAUUUUGAAGAAAUCACCGACUGAUCAACAGAUUAGCAAACUUGCUCUGAGACUUGGACCUGAAUGGGAGUGCAUUGUAUUGUCUCUUGGCUUGAGCCAAAAUGAUAUCUACUGUUGUAAAGUCAACCACCCAUACAAUAUCAGAUCACAGAUUG